AUGGCUGGUCGUGGUCGUGGUAAAACCAGCGGUACAUUAACUCAAGAGCAAUUGCAAUCGUUAGGGGUCACGAGUAAAGAAAUUCAGGCCGUUACAUCGGCAGCUCCACCGCCGUUAUAUCCUCCACUGCUGUCGAAACCUGUACCGUUGGAGUCGAACGCUGAUCGAAGCUAUAAAAUCCUAUGGAAAGAAGAUUUCAUCUCGUAUUUGCGAGAAUCAACGUACUACACAACGAAGAAAAGUUCUAAAAUAACUGUCCAGCGCUAUUGUGAUAAAGUCAUUAAUGUUAUAGAGAACGAUCCAAAAACAAAACGGGAAGGAGAUUUUCUGUGGAAAUUAAUGCCUGCCGAGCUGAAACCUAGUUUCAAACGGUCGAAGGUGGCGUCCGGACCAACGAAGGAGAAGCGAAUGCGUAGCGCGGAUGAUAUUGAUGCUAAGCUCAAAGCACUUGAGCAGAAAGAAUCAUCCGGCGACAAUGCCGAUGUGGUUAAGAAGGAGAAAAGUGAUUCUGAAGAUGAAAAAGAUGGCGAGGAUCAGGAGGAGGAAAUGAUCGACGAGGAGAUGGACGACGACAAUGAUUAUGGAAAUAACUAUUUCGAUAAUGGCGAGGCAUAUAACGACGAGGACGACAAUCUAGACGAUGGACCAGUUUAUUAA